AUGAUAUAUGAAGACGAGAGUUGCAGUACAGCUAAGCACUUAGACCAAGUAUUCCCAGGCGCCACGCGUCACGACGAUGCCACAAACCACGUUUACAAGCUGACGAUUCCAAAGGAAGGAAGGACGACAAAGGCCGCUUGGUAUCAGUGCAAAGGGUCAGAACGGAACGGUAACACCCUUUGCAAAGUCAAAAUCAACGUCACCGCCGCUCUGCCGACGCCGCCCACUCCAGAGGCGAAGAACAAAUGCACCGCCGCCGUCGAGGAACUGAAUCUCAGUGCGUCGCCUCAGUUGCCUCUCACAUUCGUGUGCCCGCACGACCUUCCUCUAAAGCCUAGUGAAACGAGGGUGUACGACAACCGCGACGGUCAAUGCACGAACGAAGUGGACCUCUCUAGUCUCGUAGAUGCGACUCUCUCUGGCACAACUCAGGUGGAUACGUUGGCACCGGGAGAUACCACGUAUACAUUGACUGUGAGGAGGCUUCCGCCAGAGAGGGCACUGCUCUGCUAUAGGUGCUCGGGUCGAAGUGCCUUUUCGGAGUCUUUCAGAAAGGCUAGAGGUCCUGGUGGCGAAGAAGAUUGUUUGGUGAAAGUUACGAUCGAAGCAGACCCUACAUCAACGAAUCCUCCGACGACGCCGACUGAGACUCCGUCGACCCCUACGACAUCAUCUGCAAUGGCUCAAGGGGGUUCACCUGCGCCUCCUCUCAUCCUGCUAGUUGUGACUUCGUUGGCGGCCGCGAUUGGCAGGUUGUAAAGCGAGAGGACGUUCAAGUGCCUCGCGGCAGCUGUAUUGAGUGCCCCGAUCGAGCAUGCGAACGGCGAAAAGUGUUUGAGAACGAGUACCUGCAAAGAACUGACCAGGUGGCUAUUCAGUGUCCUCCUGGCGUGCAU